AUAUAAUAAAAAGUUACAAAAUACCUACAAGCAAGUGAAACAACUAAUUUUCAAGGAAUAUUACUACAUAUCUACUACUACUCUUUUUGCGUUUUGGACAGCAACAACAACAACAAAAACUAUUGUAAAUGAAAGAGGUACCGAGAAUGUUGAUGUUGCAAUACAGCAAACAUGGCGAAUGUAUUCUUAAAGAAAUUGGAGCUGCAUUUCGUGGAGAACAUCCCGCUGAUUUGACGAUUGUCUGUGAGAAUAAAGUGAAAUUACACGCUCACAAAUUGGUUUUGGCAGCAGCAAGUCCAUUGAUAAGAAACCUUCUGGAAGAUACUCAACUAUAUGAUUGUAUGACGACAGUGUAUUUCCCGGAUGUUAAUGCUACAUAUUUCAAAUUCUUAUUGGACUUUCUGUACUCCGGCCAGACGUGCAUAACAUCACGAGAUGUCAAUUAUUUGCACGACCUGCUGCUGUUGCUACAGAUUAAAUCGGACAACUGGAAGACAACUGAUACGACAUUGACAGGCAGUGGCAGCGUCAGUGGAAGUGGAAGUGGCACCGGAACCAGCUCAGAAAGUGGCAGCAAUCAAAUAAUUGCGAAUAGAAAAGUAUCGGUUCCGGCCGAAAGUCCCGAUUGUGAAAAGAAACUUAAAAGUGAAACUUGCAGCGACAUAAAAAAGAGCCCUCCUCCAUCAUCAUCCAGCUCGGAAAAAAACAUAUCCGAGGAAAAUGAAGACGACAACCUGAAUAUUGACAGCGACAGUACGGCAGAUUUGAAUAAAAAUAAAGAUACAAAUGACAUAGACAGCCUGUCCGAUGCAAACAACAUAAGUGGCCUAAAUCCGGUUAAUUUGUCUCUGGGCGUACGCACUAAAUCCGAGCACAGUAUGAAAAAUAUAUUCCGUGGCAAAAGCAGCUAUUCCCCAGACUACGAUUCGCUCAACAUUAUGGAAAGUGCAAAGCGCAAAACACUGUUUUCCGACUCAGCCAAGGAUUGCCUUAAACCACUUUCAGAUCACGGCGACUUGAACAGUUCCCCCGACAAUUACGUUGUUACGCCACAUCGAAAACGACGACCCGGUUUUCAUUCAUCGCCCAGCCACAAGCCUUUCGUAUCUUAUCAGCAGAAUCUGCUAGAUGAAUUUCGCUCAGCUAAAUCGUCCCUUUCACCAAUGACCGGCUAUAUGCCGGAAAAAAACCUACUACUGCCACUCGAUGAGGGCGUUAUCAACCCGUCUGAUAUACUGCCUCAAAAUCGAAAUUUGCUAGAAAAAAACAUCUCCCGACAUGACAGCCCUGAAAAGACAGUACAACUGCCACCACAAUUGGUAUACCAAUGGCAAUCAACGCACAACUCGAAUAUGUCCUCAUUAUCUCAUCUACAGCCUGGCCUUACAUCCAUUUCGGAGAUCAAUCUAAGUCUCGAAGGCUCCAGCAAUCAGAACAGCCCCAACACAGGCCUAUGCAAUAACACGCAGAACUCUGUCCGCGAAUAUCGCUGCGAGUACUGCGGCAAACAAUUCGGCAUGUCCUGGAACCUAAAAACCCAUCUUAGAGUUCACACCGGCGAAAAGCCUUUCGCCUGUCGCCUCUGCAUAGCGAUGUUCAAACAAAAGGCCCAUCUAUUAAAACACUUGUGUUCAGUUCAUAGAAACGUCAUCACCACAAACGGCAACGACAAUGACACCCGCUAUUGUUGCUGCUUCUGUUCAAUGUAUUUCGAAUCAGUACAAGAGUUGGUCCGACAUCUGUCUGGCCACCACAACAAUCUAUUGCUAGCAAAAAAUUUACGCGAUUAGUACUUUUACAUAAAUUUGCUCUUAAAUAUGUAUGUAUACAUAUGUAUGUUAUGUAUAUAUGUAUGUAUGUAAUGUAACAUGUAUGUAACACCUACUACUUACUACUAUAUACAUAUAUAGACAUUCAAAUACUAUAUAUAUAUUUAUGCAUUUUGUUAAUUUUAACAUUUCCAUCUUCUUUUCUACUUUACAUUUUUUUUUUGUAUAUUUUACACUAUAAAUUUUUACAUCGUAUACAUGAAUUUUUUUUAUAUUAUUUUAUUAUUAUUAUAUUAUUAUUAUUAUUUUAUACAUAUUGUAUGAUGUAUAUAAUAUAUAUAUAUUGUAUGAUGUAUAUAAUAUAUAUAUAUUCGAUAUAUAUUGUAAUACAACAUUCAAAUUUAAAUAUUAAAGAAAAAAAUACAAAUGAA